AUGGCGGAAGAGGACAGCCAGUUUGAAGAAUUUGAGCAAAUAGACUUUUUAAGAGACCGACAUGUACGGUUCUUCCAGAGAACACUACAGGUGUUGCCUGAGAGAUACGCCUCGCUGGAAACCACCAGGUAAGUCUACAGAGUUGCUCUGGCUGGUGUUUUUUAUUGAAGAAGUUGACUAGCAUCGGAGCUAGCUGUGGGACCCAGACCGUUAAGAAUGGAGGCUUAGCUUGGUGUGCACGCGGACGAGACUGCUGGGCUCGUGAAGUUGUGACAGUGUAGGGGAACUAUAGAUAUAGAUACUGUAUAUACUAUUUUAUUUACAGUCUAUGAGGGGAACUAACAGCUGGUUAGGGGUUGACGCCCUGAUAGAGUCACUAGUUCACAGUCGAGAGUCAAUACUAUAGUAUCUACAGUUGGUAGGAGUCACGGGAAGUGUCUCUCUUUUUAGAAGUAUUUUGUCUUUGAGCUAAGUUCCAUUAUGAACCCAUUCAUAUUUGAACCUUUAUAGAUAAUGAGUGCUGAAUAACAUCAUUGGUUUCUGCCUUUUUUCUUCCAGAUUAACUAUUCUGUUCUUUGCCCUGUCUGGUCUGGAUGUGCUGGACGCUUUGGAUGUGAUUGAUAGAGCUGCCAUGAGAGAGUGGAUCUACUCAUUACAGGUUUUGCCCACAGAAGAUCGUAAGUCUCAUUACUUACCCUUUUCACUGCAGUUCAAAAUUGCAUUAGGAUAAACCACUACUAAGUUUAGACACGUAUGACACUCAUUUUAAAGUGUGUUAAAAAAAAUAUCCAAUGCAUCGAAAACAAAAAUCUUUUCCCUUUUACAGUAGACGUGAUUUGAUGACACACUGAACGGUGUUCCUUUUUUUAAUAGUUAUCCUGAUGACUAGCAUUUUUUAUCUCAAAUAUAUAAGUGGCAGGUGGAACAUGCCUUUAAAGGAAUAUUCCGGCGUAAAAUUAAUUCAGGGUCAAAUCCACCGCAAAACCGAGUUACACACCCCCUUGAGAGAUGAAUGUUGCCAAUCGCUUGCUUCUCUAGUUAUACCAGCUUUAGUUACGACUGCAUGAUAGCAAUACACAGCGGUCUUAGGAGCCAUAAACAAACCUCAACCAAAACGCCACUCUAUAGCCCUAACUUCAUCAACAGUACAUAUAGGGUCCUAGCCACCAAACAUCUUUUUAUCUUUGCCUAAUUUCUUUAGCAAAGAGACUAAACACAACUCUCCUACUCUCUUCCAGCAGUCACUUGUUUGUAGCAAGACCUCGGGCAAGUCCAUUAUGGACUACAGUGGGGUGAUGCAGCUCAAGGAAGAACAUUUAUGAUUAUUUCUGUAUCAUUUUCGUUUAGUUCUUCUGCUUUCGGUAGUUCUUCUGCCUUAGCGUCUCGAUUUGAUUGUAUUUCCAUGAAGAAAUUAUCAUAAAUGUUCUUCCUUGAGCUGCGUCACCCCACUGCAGUUAAUGGAUUGGCCUGAGGUCUCGCUACAAACCAGCAGCUACUGGAAGAGAGUAGGUGAGUUGUGUUUAGUGUCUUUGCUAAAUAAAUUAGUUAAAAAGAUGUUUGGAGGCUAGUGCUAUGGCUGGGAUCGUGCAGACAUUACUAAAGUUGGUAUAACUAGAGAGGCAAGCAGUCGGCAACAUUCAUCUCUUGAGGGGGUGUCUAACUCAGUUUUGCAGUGUAUUUGACCCUAAAUUAAUUUUAUGCCGGAAUAUCCCUUUUAAGGUGUAUUUUUUAAUUACAAUGUCAAGAAGUGUCUGUAUUGAGAGACUAGACAAUCACAGAAACAUGCAGUGUAUUUAAACUGAAACACCUGCACUGACCAGUUUGGUUCCCCACCUUUAGAGUAAAUCCACAUAAUAUUCCACUCACAAAGUGGAUGUUAAGGAUGUGAGAUUUUAUCUAUGAUGUAUUGUUUAGCUUUAAUAAUUACAGAUAACUAAACAGAAAUCCAGAGGUCCCUUGUGGCAAUAUUUAUUUAAGCCAGAUAGUUUUCAGUCUACAUUAAUUGAAACAAAUGUUAAUUCAAUUUCACCAAUUUUGUUUGUCAUUUGUUUGAAUUAUUAAAUUUGUGUAUUCAUCAAAUCCAAAACAACAACAACAACAAUAAAAUAUAAGCAAUGUAAACUGGUCUUAUCCACCCUGCUCUCUCAGUAUCAGCAUCAACAUCAUCUGCUGAAAAACCAAUGUUAGUAGACCACAAAUACAUAGGGGGUCACCUGAUUAGGCAAUAGGGAAGUUUAUGUUUUCACUGAUAAUAGAUUUUCUUUAAGCACCCACAAGAUAAGACAGACACUUACCUCCAGGUGUCCCUCUCACCAAAGCUUUUCCAGGUUCUGCUUCUCUCCGUACUAAAAAGUUUGACUCUAAAUACUUAAUGACAUGUUUUUUUCUGUCUCUAACAAGCCACCUGUGCCAUCUGUUUGGAUGCCCAGUCAGUUAAUUAUUCAAAACAUCAACAGAAAUCAUGUCAGGAUAGCCGUGCUUGAUUGGUCUCAUUUAUGCAGCUGCCAUAUGUUGGGUGUCUGGCUCGUUUCCUGUCAGAAAAUGUGAAAAUACAACUUUUGAGGCACUUUGUAAUGUAUCAUCAGCAUGGAAAUACAUUUUUAGUCGGGGCCCUGUGAGACUUUUAACAGUUGUUGAUGGGCGUGUUUUUUCUGUCCAAUUGAACACAGGUGGGUUAAAUGCAUGCAUCUGUUUUUAUCACGUUAAUUUCUGCAGAAAGUGGCUCCUGCAUCUGGUUACAAUUUCGUCUCUGAUGUCGUGAUGUCACUUAAAAUCAAGAAAUUGUUGUUUGCAGAUACUUUUGAUAGCAGUAUGUUGAUAAUGCAUGAGUCAUAUAAAAAUUAUAUGAUUAUACCCAUUGGAAAAAUAUAGGUUAAGUGAGGGUAAUAACCAGUGGUUUUAUCAUGUGUGACAUUUGAUAAAACAUUUAAUACCCUGAAACAUUUUAUUUACUUUUGACACAUUUAGAUGUGUUGUUUUGUGUAUUCUGUUUAGAGUAAUGUUUUUUUUCACUAGACCAGCAGAUGGCAGCAGCACACUUGUGGCGAGUACAGUGUUUAUGCAGCACUUUGCAAGGAACAAGACCUAGUUUGCAGAAAGAGGAGCAGAAUAGUCCUUUGUCUUGUUCAUGUUGGUAUUAACUUGCAUCUUAACCCACCCUUCUCUUGUAAAUCUUUUCCAGAGUCUAACCUAAGCCGAUGUGGGUUUCGGGGAUCUUCACAUAUUGGAAUUCCUUACAGCACCAAGGUACUGGCCUUCCUCACACUGGUCUCUAACUUGUCUUGAACAGUGAAUCCCCUGUUUGAAAAUGUGAAGCAUUCUCUCUUUGUGAUUAUUCAGAAGAAAGUUCUUUUGGGUUCUUAUCCAUGUGAUCCCGUGUUUGUCUCUAAUUUCCAAACUGCAGCGAUUGUCUUUCUUUCUACCCUAGUUGUAUCAAUAAAUUUGAUGAUGUUUUCUUCAGGGUCCAGGUGUGCUUCAUCCAUAUGAUAGUGGCCAUGUAGCUAUGACCUAUACUGGGCUAUGCUCCCUGCUAAUACUGGGCGAUGACCUGAGAAGGGUGAACAAACAGGCCUGUUUGGCCGGUCUCAGAGCACUGCAGUUGGAGGAUGGCAGGUCAGUGAACACACAUGUGCACACACGCACACACAGUCAUUCACUCAUUUACACUGCCAUCUUCACCCUGACUCAUUACACCUGAGGUUAUGUGUGCACUAGCUGUCUUAAUUUAGUCUGACAUUAACUGACGUUGGGUGCUACAGCAGUGCUACACUACACUAGAGGACAGUCUUAAGACAUGAUUGCUGUAUUUAAGCUUAUUUGUAACUUUUUUUCUCAUUUCCAGUUUCUAUGCAGUGCCAGAAGGAAGUGAAAAUGACAUACGGUUUAUCUACUGUGCAGCCAGUAUCUGUUACAUGCUGGAUGACUGGUCGGGCAUGGACAUCCAGAAGGCUAUUGAGUACAUCAGAGGAAGUUUGGUAAGUCAAUGUUUUCCCAUGGACUGGUGGUGAAAUAUGAAUAUUUUUUUCUGCGCUCCUCCAUGAUUAAAUAUAAUGACACCUACAGUACAUCCCAGGCCAAGUAGGCUGCCUUCUAAUGGCACAACCUGUGCCUCUGUACUGUUCAGUGCAGGGCCUCUAGUCCUGAAUGGGGAGAACAGACCACCCACCGUCAGUAGGUGGUUUCUCCAUGAGUGUAUCAUGGUUUUAAAACUGUCAAGGUUUUCAUGCCCCACCAAAAGACAAACAACCUGUUUUAAGCUCAUGAUGUGGCACAUGAGUGAUAUUUUUAUCUGAUUGUUGACUGAUGUUUACCCCAACCUCUACUUUAGCCUCAGUGUUUGUUAUUCCUCCAGAUGUGGUAAGACUCAUCAAAGCGACAGGGUGAGGUAUUGUGUCCUAACUUGUUGUCAUAGUGUCUUUUACAGUAACAGUCUCCAAAGCAGACCGAAGGGAUUCUGCUGUUCAUCUUUAAAUUUAUGACUGUUGUAAGUUUGUAAAUGAAUGCAAGAAUAUGUCCUGACAUGACCGCUCUGUAAGGUCUGUAUGUGUGUGUUGUGCCUCUCUCACACUAAGAAAUAAGAGAGGAGAGGGGGAAACACAGUGUUAUUUGUUAACAGAGAAGUGUGAAUUAUUCAUCUUCUUGCUACAUGCUGUUGGUUCAAGUACAAAAAUGUCUGGCAAACCGGGUUCAUAGUUUGGGAAACCACCUUUGAUUUCUCUGCUUCUCUUUCUGCAAAAGGCCCAAAACUGUAGACAAGUUAACCAUCCACACUGAAGUUUUACUGACAUUUGAAAGACAUGAGCUGUUGAUUUACCGACUUUACUUUGGUCUGAUCAGACUCGACAAACUAGCAGAAGAGAUUCUGACAUCUGUUGUUGAACUGGUGGAUUUCUGUCAAAGCUUCUUUAUUUAGGUAUUCAUUUUCUACUGAAUUGGUCUUAAAGUUAAAGUAGUUUUUCGUCUUUUUUUCUCCAUAAUACAGCUAUUGACUGAAACAAAAGUAAAAGCCACUCAAGACCAUCACAGUUUAGAGCAAUGUUAUUCUCAAGUUGGAUGACAUUGCGCAAAACUACUCCUAAAUGUGUUUUCCUAAAGCCUGGCCUCUUACCACAGUUCAGGCUAGGGCUGUCUCGAUACAAUAUUGAUACCAGAUAUCGGUCCGAUAUCAGCCAAAAAACAAAUAUCAGAUUAUAUCGGCCUGCAUCUAAAAUCUCUGAUAUCAGCACUCCAAUACAAGCAGUCCAUUCCAGACUCUGCUCCAGCACCUCUAGUGCUCGGAUCCUGCAUGGUGAGCCCACAAAAUCAGAACCACAGUGUGUACUAAAGUACUAACAAAGUAGCAAGGAGUAGGAGUGAUGUCGGCCAUGUGACAGUAUUUUUUGUUAAAGUCCGGAAAAGACAUUGCAGCUGAGUGCAAAAUUUGUCAUGCUCAAUUUUGUGCCAAUAUCGGAUUAUCAUCGGUAUCGGCCGAUACUGAAGGCUACAAUACUGGUAUCAUAUCGGAAGUAAAAAAAGUUGUAUCGGGACACCCCUAGCUCAGUCCAAGAAUAGGUUUCUUUUCUUCAUAAGGUUGUCAGCUCCAGCCACUGCAGUCUGCAUGCUCUAUUGCCCUUGGGCUGGACCAAGCCGCAUUAGAAAUUGCCUUCAGGUCCUAUGAUAGCCAAAAUAAACAGAGAACAUGCCCGGUACAAAAAGAGAUAUUUUUCUGAGCACGCAUGCAGCAUCUUUAAGUUCCAGCUCGUUCCAUCAGAUCACAAACUACCCAUUUAUUAAAAUGUCUGUGCUUGACAAAAGUCAUCCGGACUGAUUUUUAAAGGCAAAGGGAAUCAAGAGAAGUGUGAUCUGUUAUAAAGAUUAUAAACAUUGUGAGGAAAUUAAAUCACUCUGGGGUAAUGUUCUCAGAAAAUGAUCUGAUUUACAUUAACCUCUUUUUAGAAUUUGCGUUUUAUCGACAGUAUUUAGGGCUUUGUACACAGAUCUACACACACAUUGAAUAAAAGCAUAGGGAAAUCAAGGUAAGUUUCUGCACAGGAAGAACAGAUCAGGCUUUUACUUUGAAAUUCUGAAAGUGCCUUCAAAGUAUCAUACUUUUUAUGCUUGUGAUAUAAAAACAGCUGAUACAGAACCAACAAAGCCCUUCAAUUUACUAAUUUUCCGUCUAUUUCUGCUGAGAUCACGUGUGGCAGUUGUCACACAUCCUGCCUGAUGCAGAGCCGGAGCCAUCACGCUCUGCAGCCGUCACGCAGCCGACCUGAUAAUGUGUUAAGUCGGCGUCAUGCAUAUAAAUUGCAUAAUCAAGGGUGUGGCAAGUUGACUGACUGGGUAGGCCUGUUGCAGCUGUCUCUCUGAGGCUCGAAGUCGCCUCAGCUCCACCCCUUUGCCUGUUUCUAGACUGAUCAAGAGCUGGUUUCGGCCUCAUGGAUGAAAUUGCAUGUGUGACUCAUUCCAAGAAUGAUGCAUUACAUUUAAGUUAGUCUGUCAGAUACACAUUUGAUUGCAUUAGGACACGUUUUGGUUUUGUCUCUGUGGUGGCGCCCUCACAUUUAUUUUGAAUAAUGCUGAACAUAUUUCUUUGUGAACUCAGAUUUCUUCCUGUUAGCAAAGACACUUAUAAGUUUAUGCUUUUUCUUGUUCUUCACACAGUCGUACGAUAGCGGAUUCGGCCAGGGGGCUGGACGAGAGUCGCAUGGUAAGUAUUUAAAUAUCAUAAUGCUUUAUUACUUUCUUACAGAUGUUAUAAAUGGGUGUUUGAAGGCCGUCUGCACAUCAGGGGAGUAGCGUCUAAGAUGGAAAUUAUAAUUCAACUCACCUGCCAGUUCUAAAUUAAAAGGCAGAUUUUCUAUUUAAAAGGCAAAAGGUUCCAAAAAAAAUCAAAGCGUGUGUGAAUGCACUUGUGAUGUUAUGGUAGAGGGCAUGAGGGUGGCUAAUGGGACUAACUGGUUUAAAGGAUUAGCCAAUAAAAUCCAUCUCUGUAGAUACAUAAUCCCACUUCCACUCAAAUCAAACCAUAUUAUUGUCUCACAAAAGCAGUCCUCCUACACUCGCACACUGACACACACACACAGACAGACAGCGCACUACUUUGAGAAUAUCCGUAGUCACCUUUUCAUAGACUAAAUCUGGUAUUUAGUGUUUACUUAGUUAAAGGCUGUGAAUUAUACAUUUCCGUUGUGGGGAUGAACUGAGUGUGAUUACAAACUUUAUUGAGAUUCCUCGCUGCUCUGUAUGCCAGCCAAGGCUGAUCAUACAGCAGUGCAGACGUACAGGAGAUGCACAUUGCUCUUUCAAGCAUGUGUUAAUUCAGCACCAAGACCUCCCACUCUGUGUGCAAAUUUUACACUUUAGAAAAAUGUGCUUCAAUAUAUGAUCCACGCUAUCAUUGAGGCUGUGGGCUUGUUUGCUGAAGAAGAAGAAGAGCAUCUUUUUUUUUCUGCAAAUGUCCUCAAGAGCAUUGCAAAUUGUUGGUUCCAGUGAAUCUUAUUUUAGAUUCAGCGCUUGUAUAAUUAUGUUAUUAUGACACCUGUUAUUAGAGGAAGUGAUUCUUAAUUCCCCACCUUUUUGUGUUUGAUGUAGAUUUAUAUUUAUCCGUGCCGAUCUCCGUUUGCCUCCAGCAAAGAGAGCGAGACACGAAUGAUUAGAGACGAGUGCAAAGUGUUGGCAGAUUCACACGCCUGACCGACACACUUCCUCACACCUCGUCUUUGUGUCUCUCCCUCUCACAUAAACACACACAAACAGAGAUAAGCAGUCAGAGAUGGGGAUGGUGUUUAAGGAUGAGUUAAAGGCAUAGUGUUAGUGAAAGCAGCUGACAGGUUGGAGAGAGUGAUGGAUAGCUACUGGUUGUGCCUGCCACGCUGAUAACCCCUGUCAUCAAUCCACGAGCACACUAUCCAGCCCAUAAGCAGAAGUUCUCCUAAAAUCACUGAGUCUCAAAAAUGGCUUUUUAAGUGCAUAAUUUCUCUUAUGGUUUUGUUUUUAUUGUCUUUCUUGUGCAAAAAACCUGUAAAAAGAGAGAUACUGUGUUACAGUGUCAUUCACAUACCUGUCUCUGGUGUGUCCAGGUGGCUGGACAUACUGCGCCAUAGCCUCCCUGUGUCUGAUGGGUCGCCUGGAGGAGGCGCUAAGUCACCGGGAGCUGGACAGGAUCCGACGCUGGUGCAUCAUGAGGCAGCAGACCGGCUUCCACGGCCGCCCCAACAAACCUGUAGAUACAUGUUACUCCUUUUGGGUUGGAGCUACACUGGAGGUACAGAGACACACACAUGCUUUGACACAGCCCUGCAUGCAUUUACAUGUGAGCUGCAUUGAAAUCCUUCACCUGCAAUAUUAUUUUUUUGCACCUGCAACAUUUUCUCAUCUGAGGGAAUAUGUGUGCAGAGACAGUGAGCUAGAUAUAGCGAGGCACUCUUUUUGGAGAGGAGAGUACAUACGCUGUCAGAUCGACUGAGAUAAUCACCCAAACACAUAACAUGAAAAACGUGUGAGCAAACCUUCCAGCAUGUGGGUCAUUACUCUGCCAGAGGUUCUUGCAUAGACACAUGAUUUGAAAAAUGUGAGCUUUGCUGUGAACAGCUAUGAGUAAGUCGCACUCGUAAACAAACACAAUACAGGAAAACUGUGAAUUUCUGGGUCACAACCAUGCCACAGGGGCGAAUGUGCACACACACACGUAAUAUUGGUGUAUAGUAGAAAUAAGUCUGGUGAACACUUGGGCCUGAUGUUUUCUCCUCUUGUACCCUCUCUCGUCAUACAUUGGGAAUUUUGUUUGCUCCCAAAUGUCAUUUUCAAAUUUGUACUCAUUUAAGCUUUUCUCUUUAAUCUCCACUUUCUCCUGCUCCAGUUGUUAGACGUGUUCCAGUAUACAAACUUUGACAAGAACAGGAGCUUCAUCCUCUCCACUCAGGAUCGGUUGGUUGGGGGAUUUGCCAAGUGGCCCGACAGUCAUCCAGGUAAAGGAUUUAAUCAUGGUCAGCAGAUACAGUGUUCAUGAAAAGAUGCCAAGGUUUCUAGUGUGGAUCUCAAGUCAUUGGAUCGCAUGGAUGUUUUCCUCCUUUGAAGGCUGCAGGAGUCUAGUGUAGAUGAAUGGCAUUUGUCAUGUCUAUUAAAGGGAAUAAAAAAGAGAAUUAAUUGCAAUUCUGGUUUGUGGCUUCGGAGAUUUCCCAUCAAAUACAAAGGAUGGCAGAUCUAAGCAGUUUCAGUGUCUUUUCUUUUCCUCUUUAGGCCAAACAGUUUCCACCCUGCCCUCCACAGGUGCAGCCAGGUCAGGGUGGAGUUGUGGGCGGGCAGUUUUAGCUUGAGAUCAAUGGAAAAAACUCUUGUAACCCUAAACCUAUUUGGCGCACACGCUUGUGUGUGUGUACGUGGCCCUGCUCAACCUCCUAUGUGUAAUUGAUAAGGGGAUUGUUCACAGGUAGCCCUGGAACAAACGAGAUUGAGCUCCUCACAUUACAGGGACGAGGAAACAAUGAGACAAACAGACCCUGUGUUCACAAAGCCUUAGAGAUACUACUGCACAAAAGAGACUUUUAAGAAAUAAAAGGGACUCUGUUACAGACAGGGGACAGAUAGUAUUGGACUUGAACAGUUCAAUUGUGCUCAGCUACGGAUGAAUCACUGGUUUAAGGAGAUAUGAAGGUAACAAUCCGAUAAAACAGAAGAAGGGGUUUUCUGUUUCCAAACAGAUCUUAAAUAAUGGUAUAUGAUGGUUCAACACAACCUUUCAAGGUAUUUUCUUCACUUUUUCUGUAUUGCAAGGUUGACAUACCAACUAAACCAAGGAGGGUUUAAUUUCUUCUCAGAUUGGUUUUAAUCAGAAGAGCUCUAAUUCAAGAAACAUCCAGUUCAAGGUGAGCAUUUUUGUUUAAGCGCAGUGCACCUGCAGAGCGGCUCGGCCGAGCUCACCUUGAUUUAACAUGACAGAACAAGAAAAACAACUUGUCGGAAAGAAUCAUCCUUUUCUGUAACCAGGUAUUUAGCAUUUAUGAAACACCAGCUAUUAAUCCCUCUCAUUCUCAAAGAAGUCACUCGUGGAGUGUCAGUGAUUUCAGCUCAUGCUGUUGCAUUAGUCCGUCUGGUCACUUUGCUGUUUUGGUUCCCUCUGUGAACUCUCAUGAUGGUGUUUUUAACACUCAGUCGACAACAAUAUUAGGCUAAAACAAGCUUAAACCAUACAGCUACUCAGCACUGAGGAAUAAACACAUAAAGUUAGACACAAACCGACAAACAUAAAGGAGAAUGUGAAUGGACUUUCAGCAGCUUAAGAGCAAGAUGUUUUACUCAGUAGGUAAUAGAAGAAAAGGAGGGGAAAUAUUGAUUAGGGGUGUCCCGAUACAAUAUUGAUAUCGGAUAUUGGUCCGAUAUCAGCAAAAAAACAAAUAUCAGAUUAUAUCGCCCUGCAUCUAAAAUCUCCGAUAUCAGCACCCCAAUACAAGCAGUCCAUUCCAGACUCCGCUCCAGCACCUCAACAUUUAGACUGCUACUUGACCCAAAAUGAGGGAUAUCAUUUUCAGUAUCAGUUGGUUGAAUUAAAAGCAGUUGGUUUGAAAUGAUUUGAUCAUAACACGUUGAGAGUAGUAAAUAUUUCAAGGUUGUUUUCAGAGCUUUUGCACAACCAAAACAAUCCCCAGGAACAUCACAAGCAAAUCGCCGUACUGACAGAGAGUUCAGAAUAAUAAACCUAUAGACUCAAGUGAAGCAACAGUGGACACUCUACCAUUACAGUGGAUCUUUUACUCCACAGGCCUCCAUUUCAUUGAUAUAAUUAACUCUGUUCAUGUGACCAUAAGAGAGGCUCUGAUGUUGUACUCUCAUAAAGAUCAUAAAAUUAAUGACCAGCACUCUGAGGUGCAUCUGGAUGACUCGUUAAUAUUUACACUCAAUGACUCUCAAAGGUAUUAACAAUUUGAUAUCAUGUUAAUUCUCUGUGCAUACAUAAUCCAGACCAAACAAACGUGUGUAUCAUUCCUGAUAUUAACCUCGUUAUGGAAACAUAUCCAUGUAAAUCAGAUCUCUCCUAAACUCUGAGAUAUCUUGCAAACAUCUUUGUCUGUAUUCUUCUACCCAGCCUUGAGUUCUGACUCCUGAUUGAUGUGGCUAAUGUUGCUGGGAUUGAUUCUGAGUCUGUUUCCAAUAAUCUGUCUUUUCAUUAUAAUUCAAUUACUGCUCCAUUUACUAGCCUGUGCAGCUUUUACCAACGUCCCAUGGGGAAAAAAAGAGGUCAUGGGGUCAUGAUAUGUGCAUUAUUUAUAUCCUCUUAAAGGAGCAAGAAAGCAAAAUCAUCGCUGCAUAAUGAUUUUCCUUAUGGGAAUCUUGGCCGUUAUUUUAUUGAUUAAUAAAUGGAACAUGAGGUGACAAAAAUAAUUUCCCUUUUCUCUCCUGAUUAAUCGAUUUAGUUGUCACAUGCAGGUGCAUCUGCUGUGAUACAUGCAACAGCCACUGACUUUCUUUCUCCCUUUCUUUUGCUCUCUUUCGUCCCCUUUUCUUCCCACCUCUUCUCUCCAUUUCCUGUCCACCAGACCCCCUCCAUGCCUACUUAGGACUAUGCGGCCUGUCUCUGAUUGGAGAGCCCAACCUGAGGAAGGUCCACCCAGCUCUUAACAUCACCCAGAGAGCCUUUCAGCACCUCCAGCAGCUGCAGCAGACAUGGAGGGACAGCACAGGCAGCUGCAGUAGACAGCACUGA